GGUACGGGGAGCUCAUGUUCCAUUCCAAAUCUUCCCCAAGAGCCGCCGCCGAUAGUCGAGACAGCCGCCUCGCCUCCACUACAACCGAUCGCGCGAGCGCCCGCCGCCCGUUCCUCCGAGCUCGCUCAAGCCAAGCCCCCGUUCGUGAAUGGACCACGGCUUCGACGGCGCCCUCCAGCUGCCCCCGGGGUUCAGGUUCCACCCCACGGACGAGGAGCUGGUGAUGUACUACCUCUGCCGCAAGUGCGGCGGCCUGCCCAUCGCCGCGCCGGUGAUCGCCGAGGUCGACCUGUACAAGCUGGAGCCGUGGAGGCUGCCGGAGAAGGCGGCGGGGGGAGGCCAGGACUCCAAGGAGUGGUACUUCUUCUCGCCGCGGGACCGCAAGUACCCCAACGGGUCGCGCCCGAACCGCGCCGCCGGGACGGGCUACUGGAAGGCCACGGGCGCCGAUAAGCCCGUCGGCUCGCCCCGCCCCGUCGCCAUCAAGAAGGCCCUCGUCUUCUACGCCGGCAAGCCACCCAAGGGCGUCAAGACCAACUGGAUCAUGCACGAGUACCGCCUCGCCGACGUCGACCGCUCCGCCGCCGCCCGCAAGAAGUCCAACAACGCGCUCAGGCUGGAUGACUGGGUGCUGUGCCGAAUCUACAACAAGAAGGGCGUCAUCGAGCGGUACGACACGGUGGAGUCCGACGUCGCCGAUGUCAAGCCGGCGCCGGCGCCGGCUGCCAAGAACCCGCGGCAGGGACACUACGCUCCUGGGCCGGCAAUGAAGGUCGAGCUCUCUGACUACGGGUUCUACCAGCAGCCGUCGCCGCCGGCGACGGAGAUGCUCUGCUUCGACCGGUCCGGGUCGGCAGACAGGGACUCGAACCACUCCAUGCCGCGCCUGCACACGGACUCCAGCUCCUCGGAGCGCGCGCUGUCCUCGCCCUCGCCCGACUUCCCUAGCGACAUGGACUACGCGGAGAGCCAGCACGCGGCCGGCCUCGCCGGAGGCUGGCCAGGCGACGACUGGGGCGGCGUCAUCGACGACGACGGGUUCGUCAUCGACGGCUCGCUGAUCUUCGACCCGCCGUCGCCGGGCGCCUUCGCCCGCGACGCCGCCGCGUUCGGGGACAUGCUCACGUACCUGCAGAAACCGUUCUGAAUGAGCGCAGCGCAGCAUCCGUCAGACUCCUCCUUAGCAGCCCCCACUAACAUGUCCAUCAGGUCUCGUGUAAUACAGUUCAGGAAAACUGAUCACAUGUCUAGGUGACUGAUUAGGCGUGCAAGCUUCCGAAAACCCAAGCAGAUUAGAGAGAGUUAAGGACGAUUAACCCGCGCACCCUUGAUCAAGCGAUCGGGUUCGGGUGCAGAGUCUUCCCGAACAUUAGCCUCCUCAGGUUUUGGAAUGGCAUUUGGUACCUCGGUACAAGGAUCACUGUACCAGGUCCAUGCCCCUGCUCUUUGCCUCCCGCUUGGGCAUGGCAAGCAUGCAUAGUCAGGUAGCCGUCGGGUAGUGUAGCCUGUCAAAUGUCAACUUUUGUUGUGGUAAUUAGUUAAGAUGCUUUUAGGUUAGACGACUGAACAAGAAACUGAAGUUAGAGGUCAGACAAGAAAAAGAAACUCAAGUUUUGGAUUCAGGGGCUGUAGAUUGUGUUGUGUAGCUAGUAUAGAGUUGGUUCGAGUUAAUUUUUUUUCUCUCUCGAAGGACUUUGGUUCAGUGUCGUGGCAACUGGCUGACGCCUUUAGGUUUUGUUGUGUCAUGUAAUUGUAAUUGCGAAGAUGAUGAUAGAGUCGCUUUCAGUGGUGGUCUCUCGCGUAACCUGGAAAGCCAAUUUUGUAAUGCAAUUAUCGUAAUAACUAAGCAGUGGUGUCAAUUGUAGUUA